AUGGCCAAAGAAAAGCCCAAAGAAGUAGACAAGACUAAGGACAACAAUCAUAUUAAUUUGAAAGUGGUAGGGCACCAUGUUAAGAUUAAGAGCAAUACAUCACUUACCAAACUAAUGAAAGCCUAUUGUGAAAGCCCAGGUUUGUCAAUGAGGCAGAUCAGAUUCCAACUUGAUGGGCAGCCAAUCGAUGAAACAGAUACAGCUGCACAGUUGGAAAUGGACGAUGAAGAUACAGUUGACGUGUUCUAG